AUGAAACACGAUCUUGAUGUUACGCGGUUAAAUGAAAUCCACAAGCAUCUUUGGCUAGCCGGCCUGCCGCAGAUUUCUCGAGCACUGCACAAUCAAAUCAGAGUUGGACGCCAGAUCCAUAUCACAGAGAGGGCAGAUCUUCACCUUGUUUGGCGCGACGAUAUUCUGUACCUGAAACCGCUGCCGGAUUAUCUCCUGAGUCAUCACUUCUGGGAGAGCGCAUUUUGCUCGGACCGUGAACUUUUUGAGAGCGCGAAAGGGUUUCUCUACUCCUACACAUGGCUAACGCGCAGUAAAAGUGACCUACGGAUUGCACACGAGCAUGGCCUGAUAUCAGACGACAUAAAAUGGGAGCAAUGGGUACCAUUUUCUGCAGCCGUUGUUUCCAACAUCAACGGGGAUCUCAGUGACAUCAAUCCAAGAUAUCUCUACGGAGAACUACGCCUUACACGGUUGAAUUUGAUUAGCAGAUUCUGCAAGAACACUUUCAAAUUCAGGACAAUAAUUCGCGGGUACGAAUACGGUUAUCGCCAAUACUCAACUUACCUGGAAAGAAAUUUCAAAUGGGUUUUGACUGCCUUCAUCUAUAUAACCGUGGUUCUGGCAGCCAUGCAAGUCGGACUAGCCACGACCAAGUUGAACGGAAACGCAAUGUUUAACCGCGCAUCAUACGUGUUUACCAUGUUUUCUAUCUUGGCUCCAAUUAUCUCGUUGGUAAUUGGUGCAACUUUCAUACUAAUACUUGUGAUUUUCAAUGUUCAUUAUGCACUAGAUCAAAGAGCAGCCUCACACAAGGAACACCCAAGGGUUUUUGAGAACAAAUCUGUAAAGGACCACGAACAUUGA